AUGCGUUAUCAAGAUGUUCCUGUCACGGCAGAGGGCAUCUCGACAUCCGAAUUCAUUGAUGCGACGGAGGGCGUCGUGAAGCUAUUUGACUUGCUUGGCAGCAGUGCAUUCGCUGUUGUUCAAAAUGAUAUGAACGGAAACAUUAAGCUCGUUCUGACACGUGCUCAGAAAAUUCGCGAUAGAUUGUUGAGCACAGGUCCUGACUUGUCAGGCACGCUUCAGCUGCUUGUGAAGAACGAGGGACUUCCUGGAGACAAAAAGCGUACAGCGACAGAAGGCCUAUUAUGGCUUCUUCGUGGCUUGGAGUUCACUGCGCGAGCCUUGCGGCUGUCACUUGAAAAUCCAAGCGAAGAGCUCAGCACAAGCUUCACGAAAGCGUAUGAGAACACACUUCGGAAGUACCACAGCAUUCUUGUGAGACCUGUCUUUUCUCUUGCAAUGAAGGCGUGCCCGUACCGCAAAGACUUUUACGCCAAGCUCGGUCCAUCAGAGGACGUGGUGCGUACGCCUUUGACGGAAUGGCUUGUCGCUUUGGAAAAAAUUGUGCAGAAUAUGCACCAGUUCUAUGAACAAGGCCAAUAUGCUAAGGGAUUUUAG